GCUCCUGGUGCUCGGCUAUGAGGCGUAUUUCCUGGGCGGGAAGGAACGCGGGUAUGGCGCUGUCGAUGCAGCAGGACAAGGCCGUCACGGCGAUCGCAGCGGCCGCCGCAGCUGGAUGUAGCUUGUCCCAGCAGCAGCCAUGGCAGCGGCGAGCUUCGGCCGGAUUCGCGAGGCGCCAGGGCGGAUUUGAUGUCUUGAGGUUUGCUUUUGGGGGCCGUGAGAGGCGGCUUCAGCAUGGCAUGCCGCGGCAGUCGGUGCUGUUCUCCAAGCUGCCCUUUGAUGAGAUUGCCUCGCAGUUUUCUACGCGAGCGUCCGAAGAGACAACGCAUGUUACUUUCGAUGAAUCGGCUGUUUCCCUCCCACAACCGGCCAAGAAGUUUUCCACGCACAACUCAGCUUGCAAAAAUGGCGAAGAGGGGUGCCAGAAUGCUGAAACGGAUUCUACCAGCCGGUUGCUUCGACUCGACUAUGCUGCGGCGAUGCGUCCCCAUCCUGAGAAGGCUCAAAGAGGGGGUGAAGAUGCUUUCUUCACUGAAGGCUCCUGGAUGGGUGUUGCUGAUGGUGUUGGGGGCUGGGCCGGAGAAGGCAUUGAUUCGGGGAUGUAUUCUCGGGAGCUUAUGGGACAUUGUAAGGCAUUGGUUGUAAACAGCAAAGGGAAACCGGACCCCAAGGACGUGCUUGUCAAAGCCGCCGGCAGUACAAAGGCCCAGGGAUCAGCAACGGUCCUUGUGGCUGCAUUGUUUGAGCAAACACUGUACGCAGCAAACUUGGGAGACUCGGGGUUCAUCAUAGUUCGCAAUUGGCAAGUAGUUGCAAGCUCGGAGCCCAUGCAGCAUAGUUUUAACUUUCCGUUUCAAGUUGGAACAUUUGGUGACCAUCCGACGGUUGCAGAGGAAUUCAAGAUCCCUGUCUGCAAGGGUGACAUUAUUGUUUUGGGAACUGAUGGCCUUUUUGACAAUCUCUUCAGCGACGACAUAAUCGAAGUUCUUAAAAAAUCUCUUGGGUCCGACCAAGUCAACUUGAAGGCAGCUGCAGCAGACCUUGUAGCUGGGGCGCAGGCCGAGCGUUUGGACAGCCCGUUUGCCAGGGCGGCUGCAAAGGCGAGAAUGAAUUGGAGCGGUGGAAAGCUAGAUGAUACCACGGCAGUUGUGGCGUUUGUGACGUGAUAUUUGAGUCGCGAAGGGUAAACAUUUCAAGCAGUUUUUGCGGAGGCCAGUGUAAAUUGCUCAGGCCGUUAAUUUUUGCGGUAUUUCCGGUUCUUACGCUAAUUGAGGUAUGACAUCCUUUUGAUUUGAUUCAAA